GGAGAGACCUCACUUUGAGAUCGGCCCCCGACGGACGAGAAUCCCAAAUCCCCGCAGAGGGAAGAGCCGCCGCCCCGCAGAGAAGGUUCUGUCCGAGAGAGCGAAGCGCGAAGAUGUUCAGCUGGAUGGGAAAGAACCAGAAGGAGAAGCAGAGCCCAGAAGUGAUCCACACGGUGACCGAAGGACUCAAAGAUCUCUACAAGAAGAAGCUGAAGCCGGUGGAGGAUCUGUACCGGUUCCACGACUUCCACUCCCCGGCGCUGGAGGAUGCCGACUUCGACAAUAAGCCCAUGGUGCUGGUGGUGGGCCAGUACUCCACCGGCAAGACCACCUUCAUCAAGUACCUGCUGGAGCAGGACAUCCCCGGCAGCCGCAUCGGCCCGGAGCCCACCACCGACUCGUUCAUCGCCGUCAUGCACGGGGAGACGGAGGGGGUGAUCCCGGGGAACGCGCUCAUGGUGGAUCCCAACAAACCCUUCCGGAAGCUCUCGCCCUUCGGGAACACCUUUCUCAACAGGUUUAUGUGUGCCCAUCUGCCCAACAAAGUACUGGAAAGCAUCAGUCUGAUAGACACUCCGGGCAUCCUGUCCGGCACCAAGCAGCGCGUGUGCAGAGGGUACGAGUUCCCCGCGGUGCUCCAGUGGUUCGCGGAGCGCGUGGACCGGAUCAUCCUCCUGUUCGAUGCCCACAAGCUGGAGAUCUCCGACGAGUUCUCCGAGGCCAUCCGGGCCCUGAGCGGCAACGAGGACAAAAUCCGCGUGGUCCUCAACAAGGCGGACAUGGUGGAAACGCAGCAGCUGAUGAGGGUCUACGGGGCCCUCAUGUGGUCUUUGGGCAAAGUGUUUAACACCCCGGAGGUUCUGAGGGUCUACAUCGGCUCCUUCUGGGCGGAGCCUCUAAUGAUCUCCGACAACCGGCGGCUCUUUGAGUUGGAGGAGCAGGAUCUGUUCCAAGACAUCCAGAACCUGCCCAGAAACGCAGCCCUGCGCAAGCUCAACGACCUCGUCAAGCGGGCCCGCCUGGUCAGGGUCCACGCGCACAUCAUCAGCUACCUGAAGAAAGAGAUGCCGAUGUUUCGGAAAGACAACAAGAAGAAGCAGCUGAUUAACAUGCUGCCCGUGAUCUUCGCCAAGAUCCAGCUGGAGCACCACAUCUCCCCCGGAGACUUCCCCGACUGCGAGAAGAUGCAGAAGCACCUGAUGGUUCACGACUUCAAGAAGUUUCAUUCCCUCAAGCCGCAGAUGAUCGAAGCCUUGGAUGAGAUGUUGACCGUUGACAUCGCCAAGCUGAUGCCUCUCCUGCGGCAGGAAGACCUGGAUACUGUCGACAACUUGGUCCAAGGAGGAGCCUUCAACGGCACCCACAACGGUCCCUUCAUUGAGGGGAUUGACGGGGUCUACGAGGGUUUGGAUGAGGAUGAAUGGGUGGUUACCAAAGACAAACCCAAGUACGAUGAGAUAUUCUUCAACUUGGCCCCGGCUGACGGCAAACUGACCGGCACCAAAGCUAAAAACUGGAUGGUAACCACCAAGCUGCCCAACUCGGUGCUGGGCAAGAUCUGGAAGCUCUCUGACGUCGACCGCGACGGCAUGCUGGAUGAUGAAGAGUUUGCCUUGGCCAGCCAUUUGAUUGAGGUCAAACUGGAAGGUCAUGGGCUUCCCAGCGAGCUGCCGAGACAUCUGGUCCCACCUUCCAAGAGAAGACAGAAAGGGUCUGCAGAGUAAAGCCACCGGCGAGCGGACAACACGGCCGUCUUCCUGCGCCCUGGCAAGUUGGAUGUCGUUCCCACCGCCAGGUGAAGUUGUCAGGGACGUUCGAGACCAACCUUCCUGACGAAACCAAAUUGCUUCAGAUAUUAUAUAUAUAUAUAUGUGUGCGUGCGCGUGCGUUUGCCUGAAUAUGAAGACACAGCUGGGUGACGGAGAUCGCGUGGACCUCUGCCCUGAAUC